AUGAUUACACCGAGGUUCACCAUCAUACAAGAUGAGGAAUACAUUAAUGUGCAAAUCAAGGUUUCAAGCAUAAGGUUCAAUGCUUCAACUAUGGAAUUAGUUAUCGAUGGAUGUAUGUUCAUAUUCCAUUUGUCCCCAUAUUAUUUAAGGUUGAGAUUUUCUGACGAAUUGGUCGAAGAUGAAACGUUGAAUAAAGUCGAAUACGAUUCCAAACAUGAAAGUAUCAAUUGUAAAAUCCUAAAAGCUGUUAAGGGAACAGAAUUUAAAGACUUGGACCUUCCAGUAAAGCUUUUGGCUGCUAAAAAUGAGCAGCCAAAGCCAACCAGUGGUCCAUUGAUCCAGGAACUUGAUGCCAAAGAAGAAACAAUCGCUGAUAUUAGAGAAGAAGGCCAACAAUUUGAUUGGGAAAUUAAGCAAGAGAUCACUUCGGAUGACACCCCAAUUACAAAAUAUGGAUUUAAUAACAGCUAUUCCGGCUACAUGAAUGUUUCUAUAUCGAAUGGUAAUGAUAUAAACGAAUUGGAUGACCCUGAGCAUACGAAUGCAGAGGAUCGUGUGAAGGAAAGGUUAAAGAAGGAGAAUUUGAAGUUUGAUCCAGAAUACUUUGCAGCCGAAUAUAUGACUUCAAAGUAUGGGGACGAAGAAGAGCUUCAAAUUAAUGGUAUAAAACAGUUGCUAAACUAUACUCCUCCUCUUUGUCAAAGUUAUAGAACAUGGUAUAGUCAAUUAGACCCCGAACAAAAGGAAAUGAACGUUUCAUUCCCCGUGGAGUUCACAGAAAAGGAGCAGAACCAAAUGCACGAACACCUUCCGAGGAAGACUUAUCUAGUAAAUGAUAUCAAGACGCAGUAUCUAACGAUACUCUCUAUACUCUAUUCAUACACUUUUGAACAAAUUGAAAAUGAAGGAAAUCAUACCACUGAGAGUCACUGGACUAUUGGGAAGUUAACACCGCAGAUUGCUAUGCUUGAUCAACAAAUUCUUUUGUCCGAAUCUAUGUCUGAAUUCUCUCAAAUAAAAGCUAUUAUAGUUACCGCUAUUCGCAGAACGUUAAGUUAUCCGUUGCAUCGUAAUUAUGAUUUGUGUAUCAAGGCAUGGAACGACACUAUCGAUCUCUUACUCGGUGGCAAGCGUUUGGUAAUAAAAGCUCUACUUGAUGUCCAUGAACUAUACCGGUACCACGAUGUAUAUUAUGUCUACAACAAAAUUUUAUUGGACGAUUUGUGUGCGUGGUUCAUAUCUCAAGGGAACGACAACGUAAUCAAAUCGUUGGCACUACAAGCAAAAAAGGAGUUAUCAAAUGUGGACAAGUCAAGCAUUGAAUUCGAGUGUGUUUCUGGAAUAAACGAGGAAACAGGUGAAGUCGAAUGGGAAACAUUAACCGUAGCUGAAAUCGAGCAGCUUGUGGAGCAAGAGAAAUGA